UCACUCUGGUUUAUUUGCAGACAGUAUGGAGCAUGGCGACGAGGGAGGUCUGAGCGUCGGGGGCUCGGUGGGAGAAGACAACUACUUUCAGGGGUACACCUUCACCGAUCGCUCUCACUCCAGUCGGUUGGUGAAGAGCAUCAUGGACUUGUGUCUAGAAGACGGGCUAUUCGCAGAUGUCACCGUGCUGGUCGACGGCAAAGAGUUCCAGCUUCAUCGUCUGGUUCUCUCUGCGCAGAGCAGCUUUUUCCGCUCCAUGUUCACAUCCAAUCUACGGGAGACGCACGACCGCAACGUUGAACUAAAAGACGUCAGUGCGCGCGUAUUCCAGUUGCUGGUGGACUACAUCUACCACGGGACCAUCAAACUGCGGGUGGAGGACCUCCAAGACACCUACGAGAUGGCUGACAUGUACCAGCUCACCGCUCUUUUCGAGGAAUGCUCACGCUUUCUCUCGCGUACUGUAGAGGUCAAAAAUUGUUUACAGGUUAUGUGGCUGGCUGACCGACACAGUGACCAAGAGCUCUACACAGCAGCCAAACACUGUGCAAAAAUCCACCUGCCUCAGCUCCAUCAAACAGAGGAGUUUCUAAACCUUCCCUUGCGCCUUCUCAUAGAUAUAAUCAAAGAUGGCGUCCCAAGCUCUCAGAAUCCGAAGGUUGCCAUUGGGGCCUGGAUAAACCACAACAAGGUGGAGAGGGAAGAGUUUGCCAGUGUGCUCCAGGACAGCCUUAAGGAGAUAGGGGAGAACGUGCACAUCUACCUGAUCGGUAAGGAGGAGACACGGACGCACUCCCUGGCGGUGUCGUUACACUGCGACGAGGGCGACGUGAUCAGCAUCGGCGGCCAGAACAGCCUGUGCCACCAGAUCACGGCCGCCUGCAAGCACGGGGGCGACCUGUACGUGGUGGGGGGGUCCAUCCCGCGGCGCAUGUGGAAGUGCAACAUGCACACCAUGGACUGGGAGCGCUGCGCCCCCCUCCCUCGCGACCGCCUGCACCACGCUCUCGUCUCCGUGCCCGCCGAGGACGCCAUCUACUCGCUGGGGGGGAAGACGCUGCAGGACAUCCUGUCCAACGCCGUCAUCUACUACACCGUGCAGGACAACAUGUGGACGGAGACCAGCCAGCUGGACACGGCCGUGUCCGGCGCCGCCGGUGUUAACCUGGCCGGGACCAUCUACCUGCUGGGCGGCGAGGAGAACGACAUGGACUUCUUCACCAAGCCGUCGCGGCUCAUCCAGUGUUUCGACACGGCGACCCAGUGCUGCCACAUUAAGCCCUACAUGCUGCCGUUCGCCGGCCCGAUGCACGCCGCCGCGCACAAGGACCUGAUCUUCGUGGUGGCGGAGGGCGACUCGCUGGUGUGCUACAACCCGCUGCUGGACAGCUUCACGCGGCUGCGCUUCCCCGAGGUGUGGAGCUGCGUGCCCUCGCUCUGGAAGGUGGCCAGCUGCAACGGCUGCAUCUACGUCUUCAGGGACAAGUGCAAGAAGGGCGACGCCAACACCCUCAAGUUCAACCCCGCCACCUCGGUUGUGACCGUCAUCAAAGGCAUCAAGAUCCUCCUCACAAACUGGCAGUUUGUGCUGGCGUGAUUCAGCAGACACUAAACCAACGGCCACCAGGGGGCACUGUACUCAGCUUUGGAGUCCUGGUGUUUGGAGUGAGGACAUUUAGAGUGGUACUCAGAGACCAGACAGUGUCUUGCCUUUUGUUUAGUUUUUUUUUCCCCUCAAGCUUAUGUUUACUCUGCCAUUAUCAUGUCAAAGCUUAUAAUCAUAUUAGCUGGAAUUUUGGUAGAUGGUGUUGACGUGUAGCAUGUUGGUGUUUGCCCUCGUGUUGACCAGGGGGUGGUUGCAUUUGUCCACGAGUGCCGUAGGAACUGAAGAGAUAAUCGGUCUGAUCUGUAGCGACCCCAUGUCUACUGUGACAUCCUGCUUCUCCCUACUGAUGUAGGCCCCUCCCACUAUAACCACACCUCCCCUGAUGAUUGGCAUGAGGAGGAGCUGAAGGGCUAUGGGUGUGUAUGUACUUCCUGUGCUCAGGCGUGCGUGCGUGCGUGCGCGUGUGUGUGUUGGUGUAUUCACCUGCCGGAAAUUCUCCAAAUUUGACCAUACUUCUGUACUCAUGAUCUGUGAUGGUGUUUGCAGACAGAGUGAGAUUGUCAGCUAACCUUUAAGCAUUUUUUACCUAUAGAAGCAAGAUGUCUUUUUUUACAAAUCAGAUCAAGGUUCAGUAAUUGUUUUCUGAAUUGUCUGUUAACUACCCUAAUAUAAAUUUUGUAAAACAUAUUUGACUUGUCCAUGUAUUUAAAAAAAAUAUAUACCAACAAAUUAAAGAGAGAAUAUUCAUUUAAAAA